AGCGCGCGCACCUUCCUCGUACCGGAAACCUGAGGCGCCGCCGGUAGUGACAAGCCUUCAAGGCGAGAGCUUGUCAUGACUGUGGCUCACCACUAGCAUACAACCGGGAUAAUCGCGCAUGCCAAUGACAAGCAACCAACAGUGGCUCCAAAGACAAUUGAAGAGAGGAGUAUGGUCCGACGAUGGUGAUCCACCUGGCUGCAGCUGGAUCCGAUUUGUAUAUAAGGCGACUGAACCUUCUCAAUUCUGAGCGACUUUGUCACAAAAUCAAUCGUGUCUCGGCGUACAACAUGAAGACACAAGUUUUGCUCAACACCUUCCUGGCGCCCGUCGUUGCAGGCACGCAGGUCGCCAACUUUAACGUAUCGGCUAGCAUUGCUGCACAGUACGGUUGCAAUGACACCUGCUAUGAAGCCUUCAGCGCUGGAAUUGCUCGAGAUUUUGCGGAAUUCGGCGCCGUAUACGACGUAGACUUCUAUGCGACCGCGAAGAACUUUUCAAGUUCAGCACCAGGCGAUAUCCUCAAAUUCGAGCCCAUCAACUCGAAGGAUCUGACAGGAAGCGUUCCUCCAGGCAUCUCCGCCUACCGAAUUCAAUACACCUCGGUGGACCUCUCUGGCAACAACGUACCGGCAACUGGCUUCGUCGUUUUCCCCUAUGCCAAUCGAAAGAAUAGUCAUUUCUACCGCACAGUGGCGUGGGCGCACGGCACUUCAGGCGUUUUCAGAGGCUGCGCACCUUCUGCGAUGCCUGAUCUCUAUGAAUACGACAGCUGGGCUUUGUUGGUCGAGAGGGGUUAUGCAGUCAUCGCUACCGACUAUGCUGGCUUGGGCAACAACUACACUGGUCACCCAUACUCAGCUUUGUCAGCCCAUGCAAACGAUGUGUUUUACUCCGUAGCAGCCUCCCGCAAGAUCUGGGGCGCCUCAUUGACCAAGGAUUGGAUGAGUGUCGGUCACUCUGAGGGUGGAGGCGCUGUCUGGUCGCUUGCCGAAAGUCCUUUGGUGCGCGACGGCUCAAACAUGGCUGGUAACUACCUGGGAACUGUCGCCCAAGCUCCAGGUGUCUUCCAAGGUCAAACAGCUCUUGCAGCUACAGAAGCAGCCGAACUCUCUUCGUCGUCUGACCUGAGCUCAUCCACCGGUGUGCUCGGCGAGCUCGGUUGGGCGGUCAUUGGUCUCCAGAAUCUGUACCCAAAUGAGACCUUCAACUGGUUAGACUCUACGUAUAGACAGCGUUUGGAGCUCGCAAGAAGGGCGCAGGCUUGUUACGACUCAAUGGAGGCUAUUGCAACUGGCCUAAAUAUCGAGGAGAUCAUUGAUCUCUCUGACCCCAAAGUAGCGAUGCAAGCCUUGCGAGUCAUCGGUAUCAUCGACGAGCUGUCCGCUGUAGGUGGAAACAAGAGCUAUCAGCCGUUACUUGUUGUCCAAGGCCUUGAAGACACAUCCGUUUCGCCUGAGGUCACCGAGUACGCUUGGAACGCGACUUGCGAAGUCGGCAGCGAGGUGCAUCUGCAGCUGUACCCUGGUCUCGAACACGACCCGGUGAUUCCAGCUUCAGCGCCAUAUUUCCUGCAGUGGAUGGACGAUCGAUUUGACGGUGUGGAAACCACCGGAAAAUGCUCUAAGCUGACCGUGAAGCCUUUCGAUGCGGCCAAUUUCUAUGCGCCAGUGGACGAAGACUGAAGGAAAUCCCGUUGGACCUCGCUUGGUUGAAAUCAAAUCUGGGAACUUAAUCAGCGCCUUACGAUUCUUGUGUUGGUGUCUACCGCAGUCACUCUUUGGAAACCCUCCCAUGGAUGUGGUGCCAUUAAGCAGUAGUACGAAGUUCAGCGUGUCCAACUGGAAGUAGUACGGAAACCUGCAGUCACAGUUUACGGCAGCAGGCAACAGGAAGCAACGGUAAUAAAGUGAGCUGUAGCCGUAGCAGGAAAAAGCUGUGGGUUGAUCUGUAGUACGGCAGUACUACGUUAAAGUUUAGUGUUAGUUAGAGAAUAUUCAAAUUCACGCGUCUAAAUAUGUAGGAUGUUUUACAGUUGUGUAACGUUAUUUCAUAAUGAUAUCGUAAGACCUCGUGGCUAAAGCUGC